AUGAUCAGAGUGGGUCUUACAUCACGUUGUUUCAUCAGACUACCGUAUUUCAGAUACAACUCCACGGCUCAGCAGUUUUCAGAGAAAGAGAUUGAACUGGCCAAGAAAUGGGUUGACACGUUCACACACACCGAGAUUCCAACACAUGUAUUUGACAUCUCGUUCAGCAGAUCGUCCGGACCAGGUGGGCAGAAGGUCAACAAAACAUCGUCGAAAGCCACGGUGUCGUUAGAGCCAGGUCUCUGGUUGAGUGCACAGGUGUGUUACUGGAUCCCGAAGCCAGUGCAGGCACAAUUGCGAGACAAGGGGAUUCGGUAUGUGACCAAGACUGGCGGACUACUAAUCCAGUCAGAUACAAGCCGAAACCGAGACAUGAAUGCAGAGUUGUGUUUUAAGAGACUUCUCGAGGAGAUCAAGUCGAAGGUUUAUUUUGCCAGUGAGGCAAGUGAAGAGGACAAGGAGAAAUGGAUACAGUUGGAGGAGGACUUCAAGGAACGGAAGAAGUUUAACAAGAAGAAACAAUCAGACAAGAAGAAAAACCGAUCCAAAAAGUUUGACUUGUAG